AUGUUGUGUCUUAGCUUUUUGCAUCGUUUCGUUUUACCUUCCUCAUUUAGCAGAAAUUAUCGCAGAUAUUUCACACGACUGGAUCCUACUACCUUCCUCCCCUGCCCCUGCUCCCCAGGCCCCACCUCCCCGGCAGUCGAGCCGGAGCUGGGAUUCCCGUACUUUCGCCGAGAUGAAGUUUGGGGCUCCCCGGGCGGCCAGGAGCCGCCCGCCGGCGUGAGGGCUCUGUUGUUGUUUUCCUCCCGCUGCUCUUGCUCGCUCGCCGGCCCCCGUGCCCCUCUCGAGCGGCGCUGCCUGUGUGCCGAGAGGUGCUGGUUGCAAACGCAGCCUGGCACUGGCUGGCCUACUACUCCCCAGCCCGGCCCCCAGCCUCCCACUCGCAGGGCACUGCCUCCUCGUCCCCCGCCGCCCGCCCGCCAGCGCGGGCGCCGCGACCCUCGCCCCCGACCUUUCCCGACCCAAAGUUUUGGCGGAGGGGGAAAGUGCCCACGGAUUCGGCCGGCUGGCGGCGGCUCCGGACGCGCGGGGUUCCCUCCGUCUUCCUCAAGUCCACCCUACCGGCUGCCGCCACCGCUGCCGCCGCCGCUGCUCCUGCCGCGGAGUCCUUGGGGCUGCAGCCCGGCGGCUCGCAAAUGCCUUAUAAGCAAUGAAAAUUCGGAGGAAAAUAGAUCACUGGUAGUUCUGAAUUGGCUGUUUGGUGGAAGAAGAAGUGAUAGAUACAGCACAGUGCUUAUAAGAGAACUAUUGCUGGCCUGGACUAAAAGGGACCAAAAAAGGACAGACUGAACAAUAAAUGACUUCAAAGGCAGAACCAUGGAAGCUCUGGAAUGAAGAAACUUUGAGCCAGGAGAGCAGAUCCACCCACGCAUGUGGAGAAGGUAUUAAAUGUUUUUGUUGCUGACUCCUAUUUCUCAGAGAAAAAUGGAAGUUUGCUAAAGCUGUUGAAAUGCAAUAUAUAAGAAAUGGAC